UUUACGAGAUGCUGGAAUUGGAUUUAUUCUUGUCAUAGAUCGCAGACAAGACAAAUGGACCUCUGUGAAAGCUUCCAUACUGCGGAUAGCAGCAUCUUUCCCAGGAAACCUGCAGCUAGUCCUUGUUCUGCGCCCGACAGGAUUUUUUCAUCGAGCUCUCUCAGACAUUGCUUUCAAGUUCAACAAAGAUGAGUUUAAAAUGAAAGUACCUAUCAUAAUGCUGGGCUCAGUAUCAGAACUGCAGGGUUACAUUGAUAAAACACAAUUAACAGAAGAUCUUGGUGGCACCCUGGAUUACUGCCAUAACAGAUGGCUGUCCCGUCGCACUGCUAUAGAAGGUUUCGCCCAAAAGGUUAAGCAAACAGCUCAGAUUCUUCAGUCCUUUGGGACUGAGCUGGCUGAAACAGAACUACCAAAUGAUGUGCAAUCAACCAGCUCCCUUCUUGCAGCACACACAGAAAAGAAGGACAAAAUGAAGGAGGAUAUCAGGUUAGCAGUAGAACAGGGAGACGAUAUCCUUGGAAGUAUUACAAAACCAGUUACUGAGAAUCCUGAAUAUAAACUGAAUCAAGAUCAGCUAGACAAUCAAACAACGGUAGAAAGGCUUCUGGCUCAAUUACAUGAAACGGAGACAGCCUUUGAUGAGUUUUGGAUUAAGCAUCAGCAAAAACUUGAGCAGUGUCUGCGCCUUCGGAAUUUUGAACAGAAUUUUAGAGAGGUCAAAGCAGCUUUGGAUAUUGUGUCCGAGAGACUGUCUGCUUUCACAGAUGUGGGAAACAGCUGUUCACAUGUGGAACACAUUUUGAAAGAUCUUGCCAACUUUGAAGAAAAAUCACGUGAAACUAUAGCAAAAGCCAGAAUGCUAGCCUCAGAGGGCGAUGCUUUUAUUCAAAGCAAUCAUUAUGCUGUGGACUCCAUUAUUCCAAAAUGUGGUGAACUUCAUCAUCUCUGUGAUGCCCUUGCUACUGAGACAGAACGGAGGAGGAAUCUUCUUAACAAAUCUCUAGAACUGCAUGGCUUACUAGAAAAGUCCAUGAAGUGGUGUGAUGAAGGAAUCUAUCUGCUGGCUUCGCAGCCGGUAGACAAGUGUCAGUCUCAGGAUGGUGCAGAAUCAGCCUUACAGGAGAUUGAGAAAUUUCUGGACACUGGUGUGGGCAAUAAAAUCAAGGAGUUGAAUAAAAUUUACAGAGAGUAUGCACACAUCCUCAGUGAGGACCUAAAGGAGCAUGUGCAAAAGGUUUUCCAGAAGCAAGAAAGUAUGGAAGAAAUGUUUCAAAAGAGACAAGUAAGUCUUAAGAAACUGGCAGCCAAGCAGACACGUCCUGUUCAGCCAGUUGCACCAAGACCUGAAGCCUUUGUAAAAUCUCCUUGUACCUCUCCAGGUCUUCAAAGAGAAUAUGUAUCCAACUCAGAAAGCAGUGCACUUCGGAGGGUAAACUACAGAAGAGGAAAGAGUGAAAUGACUGAACUCCAUCAAAGCAGAGGAGGCUCUACAAUGGAUGAUGAAGAAAACCUAGCUGUGUUACGGCAGCAUGUAAUUAAUGAACUUAUUGAGACUGAACGAGCAUAUGUGGAAGAACUUCUCUGUGUUCUUGAGGGUUAUGCUGCAGAGAUGGACAAUCCCUUAAUGGCUCAUCUCAUUUCACCAGAACUCCAAAAUAAGAAGGAUAUCUUGUUUGGGAAUAUGGAAGAAAUUUAUCACUUUCACAACAGAAUAUUCUUGAGAGAACUAGAAAACUAUGUAGAAUACCCAGAACUAGUAGGACGGUGCUUUCUGGAUCAGAUGGAAGAUUUCCAGAUUUAUGAAAAAUACUGUCAAAAUAAACCUCGAUCUGAAAGUUUGUGGAGGCAGUUUUCAGAUUCUGUAUUCUUUCAGGAAUGUCAAAGGAAACUUGAUCACAAGCUCAGUUUGGACUCAUACUUGCUGAAACCCGUUCAAAGAAUAACCAAGUACCAAUUAUUGCUAAAGGAAAUGCUGAAGUACAGUAAGAACUGCGAAGGUGCUGAAGAUCUUCAGGAGGCAUUAACUUCUAUACUGGGUAUUCUCAAAGCGGUUAAUGAUUCUAUGCACCAGAUAGCCAUUACAGGCUAUGAUGGAAACUUGAAUGAGCUGGGCAAACUUUUAAUGCAGGGAUCCUUCAAUGUCUGGACUGAUCAUAAAAAGGGUCACUCGAAGGUGAAAGAUUUGGCACGCUUCAAGCCAAUGCAGCGACACCUCUUCCUCCAUGAGAAAGCAGUGCUGUUCUGUAAAAAACGAGAAGAAAAUGGAGAGGGAUAUGAGAAAGCACCUUCUUACAGCUACAAACACUCCUUAAAUAUGGCAGCAGUUGGAAUAACAGAAAAUGUCAAAGGUGAUGCAAAAAAAUUUGAGAUCUGGUAUAAUGCAAGGGAAGAAGUUUACAUCAUACAGGCACCAACCCCUGAAGUUAAAGCUACUUGGGUAAAUGAAAUAAGAAAAGUGCUGACAAGUCAACUGCAGGCAUGCAGAGAAGCUAGUCAGCACAGGACACUAGAACAAACACAGAGUUUACCUCUACCAGCAUCAUCUUGUACAAGUCCUUCACGGAACCACAUCAGAAACAUCAAAAAAAUGGAGGAGAGAAAAGCUGAUCUCACAAGUCUAGAAGGUUAUGGCACCACAGUAGCACCAAAGUACCCUGAGAAAGGCAAAGAUGACACUAGCUCUACCUCAGAAUGCUCUGUACUCUCAAAAAAGCGCUUUACGCUGCAGGGCCUUACUAACCUCAAAAGUCAGAAAGCUUCUCCUACCAGUCCUGACAAAAAAGCUAAACGGCAUGAAGUAGUGAGUGAUCCAACUCCUUUUGGUUUAAGAGGUUGGGCUAAAACAGCUCAUUCUCUUGACGCAUCUGAAGAAAAUGACGGCUGGUCUAGUGCUGAAGAUCCACUGAAUUCAUCAGAUGCAGAGGAAGAAGGAGGAGGAGGGGGAGGCGAGAUGAAGCUGACUCCUGGUAAAUAUACAGUUGUGACUGAUUAUGAGAAAGGAGUUUCUGAAGAAUUUGCAGUGAAAAGUGGAGAUCUAGUUCAACUGAUUCGUGAAGGGGAGGAUGGACUUUGGUAUGUGAAGAACCUGAGCACUGGUAGAGAAGGUUGGAUCCCAGCUAACAAUCUGCUGAUGCUCAUAGGCAAUUCAAAAUCAGCUCAAUCUUUAAGCAGCUCUGAAUCAGGCACUGCCUCCAGCACUUUGAGCACAUCAUCAAGUUGCAGUGAUAGCUGCAACGCCAGCAGCACCAGCUUCUCGGACAUUAAGGGCUAAUAUUACAUUUUCAUCCCACCCGCAUGGAAGGUAAAUCCGGAGUUUGUCAUUUUGUGCAGAGUUCUGGAUGUUGGACUCAAAUGGAGAACCACCAGUUCUGCAUUGCCAGCUUUGAGUAUUUUCACUGGUGAUUUUUACAGGUUCUCCCAGAAGAUCCCAAUGAAAAGUGCAUGGAAUGUGAAUUGUAAAUAAAAGUUAAACGAUUUGAAAUAGGGUCUUGUAAAGGCUCCUGCUCUGAAGUCUGAGCUGCAGAGCUGUUAGGGGGAAACACAUUUUCUCACCGAUAUACAAUCAAGUUUCUGCAGAACUGUAUCAUUUUGUAACAGCCAGGAUCUGAACGUGAGCAAACAAAAUGUGUUCAGUGCUAAAUCCUUAUUGUAAACUAAUAACAUAGCAAUCACUGUACAGGAUAGGUAUGAGGAAAAUAAAUCAGAGUUUACAAUUCCUCCUCCCCAAAAAACCCUUUCUCCAAGGACAUACCUCGGUCAAUGCAGCAAACAGGACUCUUGCAGCAACCAGGAAGGAGUUGGUCCAGCCUUUUCUCUUCGCUUGGAUCUUCAGGAUAUUCUUCUGUUCCCGAGAGACUGGGUUGCAGACAUGACCAAUUCACUGACCACAACAGCAUCAAAAGAAAAUAUUAUUUUAUUCUUUCCAACCUUUUAAUAACACGUGCAAUGGAGUAGCUGUUUUCUGAGGUAUUUUGACCUCGCAACCAAAUUCUUUACCAAAAUCACUGUGUUUACAUAGCCAUGGCAAUUUAGUAGUAUCUUUUUCCUUGCGCAGGUGGACAAUGAAACACAAAUGUUCUUAAUCACUAAAUGAUUUCUUAAUAAAUGGUAACCGCAUGGCUACCUUCAGCUCUCACAAUUAACAUACAGUUAGAGGCAGAGGAAACUAUUGUGGCUGCACUAUGGGUCAAGAGCCUUUUUUCAGACAAACCUAUGAGGGCUAGAAAUCAGACGUAUUUUUAGUCAAUAGUGUUUGUUGCAGGUUUAUUCAAAGAGAAAAAAGCAAUGACAUUUUCUAUAAAAGGGGAGCACGGGAGAAAAAACAACUUUAUUAGAGAGGAGUCAGGUUUAUGCUACAGACAAGUAUUUUAAUUUUUUUUUUAAAAGAAAGGUGAUGCUAAACUUGCCAUGUUUCAGGUAAUGAUGUAAGCCAACGUUGUAAAUUUUCACCUUGUCAGACGUUCUUUGCAUGUCCUCCUUACAAACAGUCCAAAACUGUGUGCAUGUAUGGAAUACUAUAUUCAUUCCUGUCCUUUUCUCAAAAAUUUCUACUUAUACGAAAAGAAGUUUUUAACUGAUUCUUGUACAAUAUGAAUUCAAUGUACACACUUAAAAACAAGGUGGACAUUAAGAGCAUAAUUUUUCAGAAGCACUAAGCACAGCAGAUGAUGUCGACGGGAACUGCUGUUAAUCAUCAGCCCCUCUGAUGGCUGAGCCCUGAAGUCUAUCUUUAUGCCAGAAUUUUGUAUUUUAGAGGCUGCAGCUUUUAGGAAACUUAAACAACAAAUACUCUAAAGAAUGAUCUUACUCCUGGGUUGCAAAAGCUACCCUACCCCAGAUGCAAUCAAAAUGCAGCUGACCACGGUCAGUACAAAUUGAAACAUAUAUAUAUACACACACAUAUAUUUAUGCACCUAUGUGCAUGUAUGUGCUUGUGUGUAUAUGUGUGUGUGUAGAUAUGUAUAUGUGUGUAGAUAUAAUGUAUCAAUGUAAAAGAUGUAUUUAUAGUCUUCAUGCUGCUGAAUGUGUCACUUUACAAUUCAUAAAUACUUAGGUUUCUUGCAAUACUGCAAUAUAAAGGCCGAUCAGGGUUUUACUUCAGGCAUCUUUUCCAAUGCAGAAAACCCUCUGAUCUCUUUUUAAUUACCCCACAUAAUACUGUUCUGACUGGGAAUAUUUAGUCUGAUAUUUAACAAUGGAAUGGCAACAUGAGAUUCAGCUUCAUCUAUGUAAGUUAUUUUGUAAAUUAUCUGUAACAUAAUUUACUUAUAUAUUGCUGUCAUUGCUAGGAUGAGACUGUCCUUUCAUUUCUCACCGCAGGCUCAUUUGUGUUAUUUCAACGGUUUUCUCCACAUCAUUGCACUUUAAUACAACCCAUUUCACCAUUUCCUUUUUUACUGCUGUUGUGAAUUAGAAGUUCAAACUCAGAGGUCUCUAUUGUAAUUAUGAAAAUUUGAAUAAAUUUCAGCGCUUCUGGCUGAAUGCCUUUAUAUAGA